AUUACUGUGCAAGUAAAUUUGCAGCAGUUGGUUUUGCAGAGUCAGUUGAUUUAGAGAUGAGAGAUCUGGGAAAGACUGGUGUUAAAACCACAAUUGUAUGUCCUUAUGUCAUAAACACAGGAAUGUUUGAUGGCUGUAGAACCAAGUGGCCAAGACUGCUUCCUGUUCUGGAGCCAGAGUAUGUGGCUGAGAAGAUAAUGACCGCUAUUCGGCGGGACCAAGAAAUAUUGCUGCUACCGCGGGUUCUUUAUUUUAUAUUUGCUUUGAAAAAUAUCAUACCAGUGAAAACAGCUGUUCUCUUUGCGGACUAUUUUGGAAACUUCCGUUUGAUGGAUCGCUUCAAAGGUCGAGCAAAAGAUGAGUGA